AUGAAAGUCAUUUCUAGAAAUCACCUACCACUGACUGCCAGACGAACGUCUUACGGCGUUCAGGAUGGCAUUCGGCACACUGAGCUCGACCGUGUUAUCAAGAAGCGUCUAGUCUCUGUUUCCACUACAGCGACACCAAAGUUGGCCCAUUUUUCGCCUGAUCUGCUCAUCCUCGAUGCGUUGGAACACAAAAGCGAAGCCCUGCCACUCAUGUUGGCUUCAACAUGUAUAGCUCCAAUGAGAGAACAUGUCGCUCGACUACGAGGUCGCAAGGCAGCCGACGAUUCAGCUGUACAAGACAUAGAUGUUAGCGGGCUAAGGCGUGGUAAAUUUUACCGUGCCUUCAUACUAAGUAUGGCCAGUUUGCAGCCAAUUGUACUGGCCUUCCGCGCGAGGUCUACCGACGUGCUCGACAGCUUGAUGGCAGAUUUACAUCUGUUUGAUUUUUCGGGUUGCUUCAAUGAUGUGCAACGCCGUGAGGAGAUCGACGUUCCGAGUCUCUUGGUGAACGGUAUUCUGCUGUUCGCCAAAGCCAGGGUCAAGGAAGUCGAGAAGGCCAGUCUUGGAAUCGGAUGUUGCACUAUAUUUGAGGAUUCCUGCGAGACGGCUCUUGUGCGCCUGACCAGACCUGUAAUAGCAUCUCUUUGUGCUACACGCGUGGGUACAUAUGUGUUGGAAUGCGAGAAAUAG